AUGCCGAGGUCAAAAGUCAGUGCCAUGAGCUCUGCAGAAAGAGGUAGUCUACUCGUAGUUACUCUAGCAUUAGCUGGCAAUGCUAUAGGAAAUUGCAUUCCACCAAUGUUAAUAUUUCCCGGUAAGCUUUUAACGACCACUUUAGUCGUGAUGGUCCAAGUAGGUCCAUUGCAACAGCCAAUGCAAGAAGAUGAUUUUUAUUUCUUUAAAAAUCACGUCCGAUCUUCUAAAGAAAAUCCGGUUUUGUUGUUACUAUAUAGUCAUGCUUUGCACAUCGCUGUCAAAACCAUCAACUUUUGCAAGGAAAAUGGAAUCGUUCUGUUGACGUUUCCACCACAUUGUACCCACAGACUUCAGCCCAUGGACCGAGCUAUCUUUGGCACUGUAAAAAAAAAGCCAUUAACACAACAUGCGAUAACUGGAUGCGUUCACACACAGGAAAAAAAACACCCGGCGCCAGCCACUAGGCCAUCCUCUGCGGACACGUCUCUGGAAAUGAAUGCGCUAAAGUUCGCACAUACAACUGUACAGCAGCUUCCGUACCGAUGGACCAACUUGCAGCAGUUAUCGUCCGACGCCCGCGACGCUAGCACGAGACGGCGAUCCAGUGGCGUCCGUCUCAACGGAGGUGCGUCUCGCGAACUUACAAGUUCCGUUCAGGUGUAUGUCCGUCUUUGA